AUGCCUCUGCAUACCUUCGCAAAUACCAGUAGGUUUUCGGUGGAAGGUGAGAUGAUCGAGUAUCGCUUGCGGCCAUCCGAUGAUGUAUCGGAUGGAGGUGAUACGCCACCACCAAGCUCGUCGCCUGUCGGCUCUCCUGUUCUUGCGCCUGUUCUUGCGCCUGUUCGUCCUGCAUCUCGGUCAAAUGUGACCAAGCCCGAGCAAUCGGGUAUACUGUCUGUUCCGCCGCGCGAUGAAUUUGUUUUGUUCGAUGACAACGAUGACGACAGCAACAACAACAGCAAAGACGACGAUGAUGACGAAGACAUGGGAGAGGCCCCUGCGGUCUCAACACCCGCUCUUGAAGAUACGAAGGAUGCCAUCGCCGGCUGUGGAGGCGAUGACAAGGAGAAUGAGCCACCUAAGCGUGGCAUGAUAGCCAGCCUCAAUCAUGACAAUGCACCAGGUAGAUGGUAUGACCACAUCCGCAGAUACUCCACUGCUGUUAUCCUGGCGUCGGUCUUUGGUGUGCGCGGUGCCAGCUUCGAUUCGCCACAAGUGAGCGCCCUAUAUCAUGUACAGGAUCAGUUCACCCAGAUCACCGAGCUAGGCGCCACGCCACCCGUCGACAUAUUCCCAUGGUUGAAACGCCUGCCGAACGUUGUCAGCAGCUGGAGGAAGUGGGCAUACUCCAUCCGCACAGAGCAGCGAGCCCUCUAUUUCUCCCUGAUGCAACAGAGUAAGAGACAGAUGCAGAAAGAUGACGCCAAAGAAUGCUUUCUAGCUCGCUUGAUCAAGGACCAGGAAAAAAGUGGGUUGAGCGACGAACAUAUUGCCUAUCUUGGAGGUACACUGAUGGAAGCCGGCUCCGAUACCACUGCGUCCACACUUCUCUCGUUCCUCCUCGCCAUGGCUAACCAUCCAGAUGUUCUGAGACGAUGUCAAGAAGAGGUUGACGCGCUUUGUGGUGUUGUGCGAAGCCCCGCCAUUGACGACCUAGAUCAAUUGCCCUAUGUGCGAGCAGUCAUGAACGAGACCCUACGUUGGCGUCCCGUUGCCGCAGGUGGUAUUCCGCACGCCGUAACAGAGGAUGAUCAUUACAACGGAUACUUCAUCCCAAAAGGCACCAUUCUUUUUGCCAAUGCAUGGGCAAUCCAUAGGACCGCCGAGUUCGAAGACCCAGAGGCUUUCAAGCCGGAGAGAUUCCUUCAUAACAAGUUCGGCAUUGAUCCAUUGCACUCGGGGCAAAUCGACGAGUCGAAGCGGCGAGUGCAGUACGGCUUCGGUGCCGGCAGACGUGUUUGCUCGGGCCAGAGGCUAGCAGAGAACUCACUCAUCGUGAAUAUGGCCAAACUCGUGUGGGGAUUCAACAUCAAGCCUGAGGGUGGCAGACUCGACGACGACGUUGCGACCAGCUACCAUGGUGGUUUCCUGAUAGCACCCAAAGAAUUUCCGUUGCAGUUCAUACCAAGAUCAGCAGCACAUGUGGAUGUCAUGGAAAAGGAACAUCGUGUGGCAGAUGGGUAUCUCCAGCAAUUUGAGGAAUGA